AUGCAAAACCCUCGCGAAGGGCUGUCGCUCAGCGAAGACUGUCUGGUGCUUAACAUUUGGGCCCCGAAUAAGACGUCGAGUGCUUUAAAACCGGUUAUGUUUUGGAUAUAUGGCGGAGGUUUGAGCGGCGGCUCAAUAUUCAUGGAUAAAUACAAUGGCAGUGUUUUGGCCACACAAGAUGUGGUGAUUGUGUCCACAAACUAUAGGUUAGGAGAGUUUGGGUUCCUAUACGGGGAUCGGGAGGACGCGCCCGGAAAUGUCGGCUUUUAUGACCAGUUAUUAGGCUUAAAAUGG